CCCCUUAAACAAUAAUAAAAGGUACACUGAAGUGGCAGGGAGUAUCAUGCGUGUCAGGUAGGAAAUUUAUGACCAAAUUUAUUGGGUUUAGAAAUAGGUUGGUAGAAUUGUCUUUAUUAUGUCCAACCAAUUCUCUCCAAUUAUGCGCCCCUCCCCAAUUCUACCUAUGCGGAAAUUCUCUCUCUCUCUGCGGAACAAAUCUCUCUAUGCGCCCCUCCCCAAUUCUCUCUCUACGGAACAAAUCUCUCUCUCUGUCCAACCCUUUUUUAAAAAAAAAUUGAUGCGCCCCACCCCAAUUCUCUCUCUGCGGAAAUUCUCUCUCUCUCUGCAGAACAAAUCUCUCUCUCUCUGCGGAAAUUCUCCCUCUCCCUCUCUCGACCGAAGCUUCAUUUAUUUUCACCGUAAAUUGGUCGGCGUCGGAGAAGAUGGACCAACCGGAUGAGGGUCCUCCUAUUUUGUUGAGACCGGACACAAUUAAUUCAACGUGGGACGUUGGCACAUAUUAUAAAAUAAAGUAUCUUAGCAAGGUAAAAUCUGUUUUGAAGGAAAAAGGUGGUCAACAGUUAUUAGAUAGAUUUAUAGGGGGUUGUUUUGGACAUUUUUUGGAUUGGAAUCCUAGUCCGAAAUGUGCAAUGGCCGUGCAUCAUGUGGUAUCCCGCCAAAUAAAAUCAGAUAAUAAUGAUCUCUGUUUUAAAUUGAAUAAUACUAAGGUUUAUUUAUCGAGGAGGGAUUAUGCUUUAGUGACCGGUCUUCAAUUUGGUGAUUUUAAUUAUGAUAUGUCACGUAAUCAUAAUUUGGAUGAAGUGGAAGUGUUUAGAAGAUUUAGUGGUGGUCAGUCUCAUGUGAAAGUGUCGUUUCUCGUUGAUCUUUUUUAUAAUUUUAAGAUUAAUGAUGAGGAUGGGAGUUUGCACUUGAAGAUUGCCUAUAUUAUAGUCUUAUAUGGACUUCUCGUAGGCUAUGAGACUGAUAAAACUGUUGAGCAUUGGGUUUGGGCAUUAGUGGAUGAUCUCGAUAAAUUUAACCGAUUUCCGUGGGGGGCGUAUAGUUAUAAUUUGUUAUGUCAUCAUGCCGGUAAAAUUUUCACAUCUAAGAAACAGUAUAAAUUUUAUGGACCUGUGUGGGCAUUGCAUGUGUGGUCGCUUGAGGUAAUGCCCGACUUAGGGCAGGUUGUCGGUAAAUGUGUGGCGGAGUUUGCGCACCCCCGAUGCUUAAAGUGGAAGUUUCGGAGUCGACCUUCUACAAAUGAGUUACACCCAUUCUUCGAGAAAGAGGAGCAACAAAUAUUGGAGCUUCAACCAGAUGAAUUUGAACUGACGACCAUGUACUACUUAUCUACACUUGGAUUUGAUUUGGGUCGACCGGGUGAAGAAGAUGAUAACCAGGAGGAAGAGCCUCAUCCAUCUGGCUCUUUGAAUGAUAUCUAUAGGGCACGGCAUGAAAAAACGCCUGAUUUGUUGUUUGAUGCCCCAAUUGAAACACAUGAAGUAUCAACUCUACAUGAUACACCUAUUGGUGUGGAAGAUAUCCCCUGGACAGGGACUGAUAGACGGCUGGGGGUUCAUCGUCCCGCGAUGGUUCUCGUGGAAUUUGUUUUAUGUUGGCUAUCUUGUCUUUUAGGUGUUGGAAUUGUUCAUAUUUUGCUGCCAAUCGAAGUUGUUACGUCGUGUCUCUCUUCGUUCGUUCGUAACAUCCGAAAACACGGUCAUAUCCUCUUUUGAUUUAUAUCGAGUUUGUCCCGAUUAUUGGGCUAUGUGUUUCUUUAGUCCCAAGUUGAACCUUGCUAUUCCCGGUACAUAUGAUGCAUUUCAUGGUUGGAAUAUCCCAAAUUCAAUAAUAGAUAUGAUUAAAGGAGAGGACGGGUCGUCAACAUCACAAAAUUGGUUUAGUGCCACUCAGAUUAUUGUUCCAUGUCGGAUAAAAAAUCAUUAUGUGAUUGUUAGAAUAUGUUCGGGAAGUUGGGAAGCCGAGCUACACGAUCCACUGUUUUAUGGCAUGGAUGAAAAAUCUAAAGCAGAGAGAGUAUCCGAAAUCCAACCAUUGUUGAGUUUGUUUGGCAAAAUUUUGGAAGAUGCCGGCUAUUGGACAGGCAACGUGCAUGGAUGGGACAAGAAGACGCGGCCAUUGGAUCUCUAUAUCCUUGGACCGGAUGAGCAGUUCUCUCAGAAGGAUUCAUUCUCGUCGGGUGUUUUCGCUUGCAUGGAGAUCGAGCGCAUUAUUUCCGGUGCUCCUAGUAUUACUUGGGGGAACACUCGAGUGAAAAAAUACAGGGAUUUUAUCGCUGCCGGUGUAUUUAGUAUGUAUGGUGUUGAUUAGUGUGUAUUCUUAAACUUUAGGAACAACGGAUUUGCUUUAGACUUAUGCUUUUUUUAUAAUAUGUUUCAUCGUCGAAUUUUGUUGCAUUACAUCGGAACUUAAAGUUGGGCAUAACACCCGAAGUUGAUCAUCA